AUAUAUUGUCAUCUUCCAUAGGUUCUGGCCUUGUUCGCAUUCGGCACACCCCCCCGCCCACUAACACCGGCAGCGACGACAAAACAGAGCCCCCGAAACGCAGACCAUUUGCAGGAUGGGCUCGAUCUUCAGCUGCGUGACCGACGAGGACAGGCUCGACAAGCACGAGCAGGAGAGGCUUGACCUCCUCAAGAAAGGAGAGCGUUUCGGGAGGCGGAAGAUGGUGGCCAUGGGGGUGACGUUGGGAUCGGAGCCUGCGAUGGUUCGCCUCAGCGACGAUCAGUCGACGGUUUCGUGGGCGAGUGCGGAUGCCCCCACCUUUGGGAGCGUCAAGGUAACCAGCGUGCAGAACGUCAAGUCUGCGGGUGCAACCGGACUGGUCUUGCUUGGCAAGGGUAACUCCAAGGAGCUGGAGCUUGAGGCGGCAGACGCAGCCACCAGGGAUGUCUGGGUGAUCGCCCUUCAAGAAGUGGUGGAGCGGUCGAAGAUGUCAGGGAAGCAUAAGGAGGCGGAAUUGGAGGCUCAGGCGCAAGAACUUUCAGAGAACAAGGCGGAAUAUUGGGCCACCAGGCGGAAAGAGCUCCAGGAUGUGGAGGCGGCAGCGGCGGAGAGAAAAAAGAAGUACGCCGGGGCCGGGAUGCAGUUCACCGCCCAAGCCUUGGCGAACAAGAGCGGCAGUUUCAAGUCGCAAGGCUAGCUGUAACCUUUGCAGGAGGGGGGGUUGUGAUGUUUGACCCGCGUACAUAUGGUGUGUGUGUCUAUGUCAGACUAGUAUUCUGCGUCGCCCCUUUUGUUUGUCAGGUUUUCGUCUUGCACAGCGGGAGGAGGAUCAGUUAAUGUUCGGUCCAGUUCGCGGUCUAGUUACUUGGCAAUUUGGCUCCGAUUGGUCUUAACACCUGAUUGCAUAGUUCUGGCUGGGCACGUGAUCUGCGCGGUCUCUCGUGGGAGACGUGAUAAAUCUCUCGGCCUAAGGGGCCCCGCAAACAGGAUGGACGUGCUCUUCAGCCCCGCGGUUUUGACGGGGAAUUCCGGGAAGGCCUGGAUCUUGUUACUUACAUUUCGUUCCUUCUUCCGCGGCAAAUAAACAUUUUUCAUCAUCGGUGGGUCGGGGUCGAGUCGGGGGGGGGUUCCGUAGUCUGGAUGUUUCUGGGGGGUGUAAAAAGUGUUUUGAGAGAGAUGAGAUACAACCCCCGCGCAAGACCACCUUGCUUGUCUGUAGAAUUGACUUGUACGUCUUCGAUAUAGAUGUGUAGCUCGUUCGAGAGUGUCGCGCCGGUACAUGUGCACACCCACCCGCAUUCCGCACGAAGGUUCCCCAUGGAAGCCUGGUUCUCAUUUGUAGAUUUGGGGCCUAUCCCUGUUUUGCGUCGUGAAAGACAUGAGCCACCGUGUUGAUAUAUUUGACUCUUUUUGUGGGGUCUUACCCCUGAUAGUUUUUGCGUUGAGGAAGUAUGCAUCGAUCAUGUGAUGCGUGUUGGGG